AUGGCCACUUCUUUUUCUUGCUUCCUUGCCAUCUCAAUUCUAGUAGUGUUCUUCUCACUCCCCCCGCCUACUGGUGCAAGGCUCCUGUAUGCGGACAAGAACACCCUCAAUGACAGCAAGUCUUUCUCCAUCGGAGGUGGGAGAAGCAAGGGCGGUGGCCGAGGUUUCGGUGUGAGUAUCAGCCAUGGUGGGCACGACACCUCCAUCGCCAUAGGUGGCGGACUUGGAGGUGGAGCUACUACUAACCAUGGCGGUGGCCCAAGCGUAGGUGGUGGAGCAGGUGCGGGCAUUGGCAUCAAUAUAGGGCAUGGUGGCGUGGAUGUUGGGAUAGGCGGGGGUGGAGGUGGAGCAGCUAGCACCGGCGGGGUGCAUGCAGGUGGUAGCGGUGGAGGUGGCAUUGGAGUUCAUAUAGGGCGCCAUGGUGGCGUGGAUGUAGGGAUAGGUGGAGGUGGAGGCGGGGCAGCUAGCACCGGCGGUGUGCAUGCAGGUGGUGGCGGUAGAGGUGGCAUCGGAUUUCACAUAGGCCAUCGCGGGGUUACUGUAAGCGCCGGUGGUGGGAGCGGUGGUGGCGCCGGUGUAGGUGGAAGUGGGGGAGGCGAAGGAGGUGGUAGCGGUGUUGGUCGUGCCGGCACUGUUGUGGGUGGUGGGGGAGGGUAUGGCAGUGCAAACGGCGGUAACGGAAGCGGGGGAGGUACCGGAGUUGGGUCAGCUGGUGGAAGUGUAGGUGGUGGCUCUGGAAAUGGUGGUGUAGUACAUGGUUGA